AUGAAGCCAACACUCUGGUUACUUGGUCUUCUGGCGGCAACAGCCUCGACUGCCACUGCGGCCCUCGUAAAUAUUCAGAGUACAUCUCUUACGCGAACAAAUCGCAACUGUGCCGGUGUUGCUCAAGGAGCGCUACAGGUACCAACUUUUGGCACCGUCCAAGUUGUUCGAUCUGUUAAUCAACUUGUUGCGGUUCCUGUCUUAUUAAAGGGAUCCCCAAACACUGCUUACAGUGUCCGCUUGAUUCAGAUCAAGAAUGGAGCUGCAGUGAGCUGUCCGAGCUGUCCAAAUGGUCAGACACUGACGACAAACAACGCGGGCAUUGGAUACGUGACUGUUCAGCAGACUGUGACUGCGGGUGCAACAGGGGCGUGGGUGGCCGUUAACAAAAAGACCGACUGUAACGAUUUCUUUACUACUCCUGUGGUGCCAAUUAAUAAUUAG